AUGGCGGUUGAGAAGCUUCCAGCCGUUCCUGCAGAAAUCACAGCAGAGUGGCUUGGGUCGAAGCUGGGACAUAAGGUCAAGUCCAUCGAUCAUACAAAGGCCAUAUGGGGUACGGCUAGCAAGCUCUUCUACACCAUCACGUACGAGAAUGAGGAUGAAGCCGGCGGGAGACCCACGCAGAUCUGCAUCAAGGGCGUGUUUGACCCAGCUACGAUCGCUGCACAGCCGUGGACAGUCAGCCUGGCCCAGCGCGAGGCGGACUUUUUCUCCAAAGUGGCACCCCAGGUCAAGAAUAUGAUAUUUCCCAAGGGCUGGUGGAGCGGCACCGACGAGAAGCAAGGCAUUGCGAUUAUGGCAGACCUGACCCAGGAGGGCUGUACCUUUGCUGCCGAGGUGGCCUCGUUCCCCGUCGAACAGGUCAAGAACGGUGUCGAGCAGCUGGCCGGACUCCAUGCUCAGUAUUGGGGCCAGAGCCAGGAAGAUCACCCGUGGAUCUGGAACAACUACGACCCCGCCAUGAAGUUCAUGUGCACGCCGUGGGACGAGAUCGUGCGCCAGCCGGGCCGACCUCAGCUGCCCGAGUAUCUGAUGGACGGCACGCGAUGCAACGAAGCGCUGGAUCGCUAUUACGCGGAGCGCAACCCCAAGUUCCGCACCCUGCUGCACGGCGACACGCACGUCGGCAACAUCUACCUUACGGCCGACAAGCGCAUCGGCUUCCUGGACUGGUCAGCAUUCCACUUCGGCUCCUGUUUCCACGAUAUCGUCUACCAUAUGACUUCGAUGCUGACCAUCGAGGACCGCCGCGCCCACGAGAUGGAAAUUCUUGACCACUAUCUCACCGCGCUGCACCGGUUUGGCGGGCCCAACCUCGAUCGCCACAACGAUCCCGAUGUCAUGACCGAAUACAAGCGCUCCUUCAUGACCAAUGUCAUCUGGCUGAUUUGCCCAGACGGCCUGCAGUCCAAGGAACGCGUCGACUGCCUGUGCGCGCGUACCGUUGCUACCUGCGAUGACCACAAGGUUAUUGAUGUCAUUCUGAAUCAGCCAAAGCCAGCUGCUUGA